AAACUAUCAACAUUAUUGCGCUAAGAAAACAUCAUGAUGACUACUUCACAUAAUUUCUUUAGCAAUCCGUAUGCAAUAUUUCAUGGUCCACCAACGAAAAUGGGACCACCCGAAUCACCACUCAACAAUUAUGCCCUCGAUCUACAUACCACACCAAAACCACGAAAUUUAGAAAGAGAAGAAAGACCACCGCCAUACACACCGCCGCCACCACCCACGCCGCCUAGGUAAGGUUUAUAUGACCACAAACAAAAACAAAUCUAAAACAAAAACUACAAGCAACAUACCAUUUUAAGAAUAUUGUACCAAAAGUUGUUGGCCCUUUUUUCCCCCCACAAAAUGAAAAAUCUUUAAAUACAUCUUCAAUCAACAAAAGUAACUACAAUCAACAUGGUUCGCUAAUUAAAACGAAAAGUAAAUUAAUUAAAAUAAUUAAUAAUAAAUUUUCGACCAAAUUGUUUGCCAAAUUUAGAAAGAAAGACUUUAGAUUUUAAAUUACAAAUGGCUUAAUUUAAAAAAAUAAUAAUUUAUAUUUAUUAAAACCCCAUGCAAUAUUACCUUCUUUAAAUUUUUAAUUAACUCUUUUUUUUAAAUAAUAAAUCAUAAAUAAGUUUAUGUUGCUUAUGUAUGUUUAUCUUUUUUUACAUUUAAAAAAAAUAAAAAAAGUAAAAAAAUU